AUGCCUGGUCCCAUCGCGUCGACCCGCGACCUCUUUGUAGCCCAGCCGAGGAGCAUUCACCGAAAACCCGUUGCUUCGGCGCAGUACGAAGUUGUUGGGGUGCAGGAUGAUGAUGAUGAGCAGGACAGAGGGCUCCGGGGUCACGAUAACAGUGUGCGACACCGCGAACACCCGGCCUUGGACGAGAACAGAGCGUUUUUGGAUGAGCCUGUCGAUUUCAGCGAUCAUCACAGACACGAUGGCGAUCACUACUUAUCCCCAGAACAUGGUCUGGCGUCUGUGAUUUCGCAGAACAAAAACAGCCCUCACGUAUCCGAGUUUGGCUAUAGCAAGAGCCCAACGCCAUCGCAAUGGUCCGAGGAGUCCCGGCCUCGCAUGUGGAACCCUCUGUGGCUGAGAAAGACGGUUCUCAUCACGUUUGCGGUGUGUUUUGUCGCCAUGCUUCUCACGACGGCUCUACUCUACCACUUCUCCGUACAGAAUCAUGGAUUGAGCACACAGCAAGAAGUCAAUCAUUAUGGCUGGAAGUAUGGACCUACAGCUGUUCUCGUCAUCGUGGCUGCUUUGUGGCGACAGGUAGACUACGCCAACAAGAUCCUGAUGCCGUGGAAGGAACUACGUAGUGGUCCUUCUGACGUGCAUAAGACACUUCUUCUAGACUACGUCUCACCACUGGUGACGACCAGUUUCUGGAAAGCAAUCAAGAAUCGCCAUUGGGCUGUCGUUGGCAGCAUCGCUGGCUGGGCUCUGAUCCUCCUCACUACCGUCUUCUCCACCGGUCUACUCAUUCUCGAGCCAACGGAAGUUACAAGCGAUAACGUCGAUAUUGUGAUGACGACCAGCUUCGACGCUGGUGGAUUCGAUAUUCUAGACAUGGGACCGGGUCCUGCACAGGUGUACUACGCCAUCAACUUCCAAAAUUUGCCUUACCCGUCCGGUACAUCAGAAGACAUGGUCAUUCCCCAGCUCAAUGCGAUGGGGAAUGGUCGUCCCGAUGCCAACUUUACCGCCACAACACCAGGUGCCAAGAUUGGGUUCAGCUGCGAGACGCUGCCCAUACAGAACGCGACCAAGACCUCGCUGCCUUGGUUCAGCAUCAACGGGGCCUUCUGGGUCGCCAACAUCACCACGCCGGAGUGCAACAUUACCCGCGCCAUCGUUGCCGCCGGCCCGGACCAUAACAUCUACGCAAAGCGAAACGCCACGCAGAACUACCAAGCAUGGUACCAGGACUACACUUGCAAUAACGGUGUGGACUGGAGCGCACCGCUGAACCCUCCUCUGACCAAGUACACCACCGAACAGCUAACCAAUACCAGCCUUCCGCAUCGCAUGCUUUUUACCGUAGCGGACAUGAGGUUUUCUCCCAUGGACACGAGGCGGAACGGCCCCGCGUACAUCUACAUGGAAAAGAUUGUGGCAGUCAUGUGCAAGUAUGAUUACACCAUGAGCAACUACGAAGUCAAAUCGACUACCCUUGCCGGAGCCAAGUCAGAGGUUGCUCUGCAGAACGCCAUUCAAAACACGAAUGUCAAUGGCAGUAUCGCUGGCUUCCCGAACGGGUAUUUGGGUCUCGCUGUCAGUAAUUCUGCGGAACAGACCAAGAUUGGCGAUGGAGGCGUGGACUUUGUCUUAUCGACAUCCGUCCCGACCUUCUUCCUCAUGAUGAAAAUGAAGCGUGGUUUGUCCACGAUAGGAUCUUUCAUGGACACGGACCUUCUAAUUUCCACGGCAUCUGAGGUCUUCAAGGGAAUAGGCGCUCAGGUUUUGUCUCAGACGUCCCUAAAGCCUUCUAAUACGACGACGCAGGGUUCCAUCACAUACCUGGAGAACCGCCUGCAUGUCAAGGGCCUCUCGACAGCCUUGAUGUGUUCCUUUUUGGGAAUUCUGACUCUCAUAAGCAUUGCUAUGAUCUUCCUCCGGCCUCAAAACGUUGCACCGAGAGAGCCAGGAUCGAUCGCGGCGAGUGUCACAAUACUGGCGGCGAGUCCGGACUUGAACAAGCUGUUAACUGGCCUGGGGUCAUCACGCAGAAGUCUCAUCCGAGAAACGCUAUCUGGGUUUCUGUUCAAAGGGUCUCUCCGACCUGGGCCAGAGACCACAUACACCAUUGAGCCUAGCCAUGGUCAAAUGGAACCCUCACGUAGCGCAGUGCCGAGGGAACACCAGUUGAUUUCUUGGUGGCGCCCUUUGGCUGGGGCCCCGUGGUUCCUGGUAGUCAGUGUCUUUUUACCUCUGGCGGCUAUUGCAGCGUUGGAAAUCAUACAGCGCAUUUCAGACAACCGAGAUGGGUUCAUGGAGGUGGGCACGAAGACCUCGACCGUCUUGGCGACAUACAUACCUGCCGCCGUGGCCAUCUCCUUGGCUGGUAUGUACUCGAGCUUCGAGGCUAUGGCUGCCAUAUUUGCGCCAUUUGCCGCGCUCAAGAAGCGGAACGCCAUUGCCAGCCGCUCCGUAUUCAUGAACCUCGUCGGCAGGAUGGCUCCUCACGCCAUAUGGGACUCUAUUCGCUCAGGGCAUUUCGGCGUCACUGUCAUUCUUAUGGCUAACAUCAUGGCUGGAUUCCUCACCAUUGUUGUUUCGGGUCUUUACAGCGUCUUGGCCGUGCAGCAGGUUGAAGGCGUUGCCCUGCAACAGAUGGACGCAUUCCGGCUUGACCAGACUACUCUCUGGGCCGAAGAUAACCAAGCGACCGCAAUCACAUCGUUGAUAGAGUACGUCAACCUGCCAGAUCCAAAAUGGACGUCUGGUGAUUUGGUUUUCAACGAGAUCAAACCCAUGGGUCUUAGCAAUCAGGCCAUCGCCAAUGGCCAGGUUCCGCUGUCGGCCAAGAUGACGGGAAUCCGCGGCAACUUGAAUUGCUCCGUCAUACCUGCCGAGCAACGCGAAGUUCAGCCGGUACUGUUCGACAGAAGUACCAUGGAGGUUCGUCUCGGCGGCAUGGCGAGUUCGGUGAGCGUCAACAAUCAGACUGCCCUACUUGCCAUAAAUACCACCCUUCCCUGGAUGUGCGGACGCAGGCCAUCAAACACGACCUCCAAAACGUGGAUGCAAUACUUUCAGAUCCCAAGCUCGGGGUCUCCGGUAUAUCUUGGAAAAACUUCCAUCAUGAUUUGGAGUUUGGGAAACUCGAGUCUCGUCUAUGGUGACGGUGCAAUUGAUACGAGCCCAUCAGCUGGAAAUGGCUGGCCGACGACCGACUAUGAUAUCGGAGGUAUGGGCUGUCCUACGGUAGCCGUCACAUUUGGCACCGCGAGGGCCACCCCCCGGAAGGAAAAGUAUAGGAACACAACGAGGACCAACUUUGACGUUGAGAGCGACCUGGCGACAAUCGUGUGCCAUCAGAAUAUUCAGGAGAUCGAAGCCAACGUCACGUUCAACGCUCCGGAUAUGACACUCAGCAGGACGUCGCCGCCGUCGGUGGACGAGUCAACGAUUGAGCUCCUACGUGCCCCAAAGUCAGACACGACGUCCUUUGAGUUCUCCCUCAACAAAUUCUUUUUGGACUUUUCGACCUCGGCCCGGAACGUGACGAUUCAAGGACCAAACGGCAGCAACAUGACUGGUUUCGAGUCUCUCAUCGAUCCUUUCACGCGAGCGCUCGUCACGGGUAGGAACGGGCGGCCAAUCGAGGAGCUAGCCGGCGAGAAGAACUCGCAAAAUCUGAUUGAGGCCUCGAACGGCCUAUACAAGACGUACAUUGCGCAAGCCAUCGCGGCUAACAUGCGCAACGCGACGAGCAGCACGGGAUCAAACCGGCUGCCCACGUACCAAGGCCUCCUGGUAUCUCAGAGCGCGCGACGACUACACCAGAACGCCGGGCCCAAGAUUGCUCUACAGGCGAUGCUGGGCGUCAUGGCGCUGUGUAUCGUCGUGUCGAGGUUGCUGAUCGACGUCAACGGGGUGCUGCCUCACGAUCCAUGCUCGAUUGCUGGGACGGGAACGAUGCUUGCUGGGAGCGAGAUGGCGACGAGGAGGGUCGUUCCGGAGGGGGCGGAGUGGAGGGGCGACGGGGAGCUCGGUCGGGCUGGGGUGUUUGGUGGUGCUAUGAGGUUUGGGAUUGGGUGGUGGCGGGAUGGAGGUGUUGAUAGGUUCGGAAUUGAUGUUGAGGAGGAGAAGGCGUGA